AUGUCGAAAAAGAACACUAAGAACCCAGGUGACAAUGUCACCGGCAGAAUACUCUUCAACUACGCUAUUCGACGCGUGCUUCGUUUUCGGGGCUUGGACUGGACCCAAGAAGAAAGGAAAAGAACCUACGGCUAUUUGUGGGAUGAUGAUUUCAAACUUCGCCAGUUAUUUGAGUCAGCAGCGACACCUGGGAUAAGCAAAGAAGAUAUACUCGAUGGAACUGCAACGUUUCCUACAUGGGACGACAGUAUCGUGCCUGACCGGCCAUGUACAGUAGAGCGCAUGUUGGCCGCGAAAGAAGCGCACAAGCGAGAGAUGACAUGGCUGGAUGCUGGAGAUGGCUCAAAGAAUUAUGAUGGGGACUCUGGUAUUGCCUCUGGUGCUGACGGUAUUGGCGAUCAACACCGUGUCACACCAACGACUGAUGAGAAGCUCCCCUCCGCUAAGGAAAGAGAGUCGCCAGAUCUCAAGCUUGCCCUUCUCGAAAAGCGACUAACUGAUCUUGAAAACAAGCUCGUCGCAUCUGAGACCGCGCGCAAACAUUUAGAAGAUGAUAAUCACAUUUCGCAGAAGAAGGUCAAGCAAAGUAUCGAAUCCUAUCCCUACCCAUUUUGGCCUGACUUGCCGUGGGGAGAGUCUCCCGAUGGCAUAUCGGAACUUGAGACUCCUCUCAAUUGGUCCAGGGCACAUCCCCGACCAGAAAAGCAACCCAAGGAGAGCGUAAAAGCUUUCACUACAAGAACACAAGAGUGGGAAACACGACGAGAAGAAGCAAGAACAAGGUGGCUGCGAUCUCGACUACACAAAGACCUCCAUAACGAUGAAGAGGAAGCAACAUGGCAGGGUGCGCAUUACCUUGGAAGUGGUUCUUGCGGAUGUGCUGGGCUCUGGGUCAAAGUCAACAAGAAUAAAGUUAUCAAGGAUCGUAUGGUGAUGAAGGAGGUGGCCCCGCCGUGGUUUCAUUGGAAGAACCCGGAUGAAUGGCGAGGCAAACUUCCUCGUGAAAUCCGGAUACACCAGCUUAUCGACAGCACACGUACAGGAGAUUCACACCAGAACAUUAUCCGGCAUCGCGGCUAUCGGCUUAUGAUGAGAUUGAAAAGAUUCAGGAUAUACACGGACAUGUGCUCAGGUGGACAGCUAGCAGACGCACUGAGUGACCGCUGGGAAACUGAUCCGCGGCUCUUCGACGUUCCAAAGACCAGAAAGCAAAAGCCAUUGAAGGUGCUUCCAGAAGCGUUUGUUUGGCAUCUCUUGAGCGGCCUGGUCAAUGCGUGCUUGGUUCUGAGCCAAGGGCGUGAAAACGAGAAGGUUGAGGGCUGGAACCCAGUGGUACACAACGACUUACAUGCCCCGAAUGUGCUGCUAGAGAAAGACUCAAAUGACCCUACACUAACGCCCGCCGCAGUGGCCAAGAAUUGUUGUAAUGGACUUUGGACGCGCAUUCUACAACCUCCACCCAGAAAGAACCAUACCCAUCUGGAAGAAAAUGACAACCCUAUUGUCUACCGCAUCGCACACGACGAUGGUCGCUAUCCUCCCGAAACUCAAAACACCCGCACCGUACCUACCCGCAUAACAUCCAAGUCCGACGUCUGUUCCAUUGGUAUGCUCAUGUACGCUAUCGUAUGCCACCACUACAGCAACACUGGCCCGGUCCUUGACUUUGGUGGCCAUAGGCUUGUCAAUGCAGCACCGUUCGAUAGCAAAACCGAGUUGAUGACUGGAGCGUUGUUUCCCGUGGCUCAUCCAAAAGAUGGGGCAUAUACGACGGCUUUGCUCGAUCUGGUCAAGAGGUGCUUGGAGUGGAAACCCGAGGACCGACCGACGUUGGGUGCGUUGAGAAAGGAGAUUGACGGUGCGAUCGAGGCGGGAGCGUUGCCGAAGACAAAUCCGCAGUUGUAUGAACCGGACCCGUUCAAAGAAUGGGCACUCGGUAGGAAACACCGAACUCCUUGA